AUGGCGCAAAAGGCCAAGAAGGACCUGGCCAAGCACAACACGGCCGCCCUCAACGGCCUGCACCUCACCUCGCUCGCCGCCAACUGCAUCUUCCUGCUCUUCCACUUCCUCCUCCGCCGCCGCUCCUUGCUCGCCUACGCCAUUCUUUCGAUCCCCUCAUUCAUCUGCGAGUACGUGCUCGAGGUCUCGGGCCGCCCCAAGUACGAUGUCGCCACAAAGGCGCUCAAGAGCGCCGGGGAAGACAUGGGCGCGCGAGGCUUGACCGAGUACAUGUUCGACAUCAUCUGGGUCACCUGGACGUGUGCCGCCCUGGUCAUGUUUGUCGGUAACUGGGGCUGGAUCCUGUGGGCUGUGAUUCCCGCCUACGGCGCCUAUCUCGGCUCGGGCCUGUUGGGCAUGGGCAGGCAGAAGAUGGCCGAGAUGCGGGGGGGUGGCCAGAACACUGCACCUCAGGGCAACCGCCGUUCGAGGAGAGCCGCGUAA